AUGAAGUUCUCCCUACCUCGUCUUCGACCACUAACUAUCGGUAUUCGUCGUGAAGACCCCGCACGGAUUUGGGAACGGCGAGCUCCUCUGACUCCCGAGUCGGUGUACGACCUGAUUAGGAGCAAAGGCGUAGAGAUUCACGUUGAAGGCUGCGAGAGGAGAAUAUUCAAGGACGAAGAGUAUAAGAAGGCCGGUGCAACUAUCCGACCCAAUCUUAAGGAUGCACAUAUCAUCAUGGGCAUCAAAGAACCACCUUUGGAAACGCUGUUGCUUGACCCAUUGCCGCUGUCGUCCUCCCGGUACGCCAGAACAUACAUGGCGUUCUCGCACGUAGUAAAAGGCCAAGCAUACAAUAUGCCACUACUCUCUCCAUUCUUGAAAGAUCCAUCUAAGCCCAAUCAGAGACAUCCUCUUCCCACUCUAAUUGAUUAUGAGCUCUUAACCAACGAAACAGAUGGCAAACGGACAGUGGGUUUUGGCUGGUUUGCAGGAGUCGCGGGAGUCCUGGAAUCACUUUCUUCGAUGGCGCAUUAUCACCUUGAACAUGGAGUCGCGUCGCCACUUCUGUACACUCCUCGUCCACAUACAUCUCCCUCUCUGGAUGGGUUGCGGACGGCUCUGCGAGGGAUUGGUGACCGAAUAGCUACGGAUGGUACUCCGCGGCCCUUGGGUCCCUUCGUGAUCGGUGUAACCGGAACCGGUAAUGUCGCUGCUGGUUGUCUCGACAUGCUGCAGGAACUACCUAUUCAACAUAUAACAGUCAAGGAUUUGCCGCGAGUGGUAAAGGAUCCGAACACCCCCUUGAACGCGAUAUACCUCGUGCACGCAAAACCCAACGAUUAUUUUGUCAGGAAAGGCUUCUCCGUGCCUUACUCUCGAGAGGAUUACUACGCUCAUCCAGGGGAAUAUAUCUCUGUCUUUGCUGAGAAGGUCGCACCUUAUCUCACCCUUCUCCUAAACGGCGCUGGUUGGGCCCCAGGAUACCCCAGACUAAUGACAACCACACAACUUGAAGAAGCUCUAACCAAAGCGAAGAAACUGCCGGGGGGUAAUGCUUUCCGAGGAACCAACAUUGGCGAUAUCAGCUGUGACGCCGGAGGUGGCCUACAGUUCCUCACACACACUUCGACGCUCUCGGAUCCAUUCUACAAAGUACGACCCAGAGCGGAUCUACCUGAGGUGCAAAUCAUGGCCGUGGAUAUCCUUCCUACCACUAUUCCCUUGGAUGCUUCGAAAGGCUUUUCAAAUGGAUUGAAGAAAUAUUUGAGAGGAGUGAUCCAUCGUUACAGUGGUGGACAAACCGACGAGGUCGUUGAGAGGGCUUUGAAGAGAGCGACAAUUGCGGAGAAUGGGGAGUUGACUGAAAGACAAGCUUGGUUAUGGAAAUGUGUGCAAAAGGCUCGGCUAGAAGCUACUUCGCAAACUUCGUCGAGCGAUUCCUCUUCAACAUCGUUCGGAACGAGUCACGCAAGCGUCAGCAAACCGAAACGAAUUGUCAUCCUUGGAAGCGGGAUGGUCGCUGGCCCUGCCAUCGAGUUGAUUCGUGCCCGUGCUAAGAGUAAAGGGGAUGUCCAGUUAGUUGUCGCGACCAACGAACGAAGUCAAAUCGAAGCUAUGAAAGAGCUGUUCCGUCAGGAUCAGCCCGAUGACACUGUCAUCUACCAGAUUAUCGACAUGAGCGACCAAGAUGCCGUGUCGCGAUUGAUCAAUGAUCCUCAGGUCGAAGUGGUCAUCAGUCUCCUUCCCGUUCCUUUCCAUCCCUCCAUCGCAGAUAUAUGUAUUCAACAUAAGAAGCACCUCGUCACAGCGUCGUAUAUUUCCCCUCAGAUGAAGGCUCUGCAUGAUCGCGCCCUUUCCGCAGACGUUCUAUUGCUGAAUGAGAUUGGGCUGGAUCCAGGCAUCGAUCACCUAUCUGCUAUCGACUUGAUUGAACGUCAGCAAACACAAAAGAAGCAAGUACUCUCCUUCAUAUCGUUCUGUGGUGGACUUCCUGCCCCUGAUGUGAAAGAAAUGGGCCCACUCAAGUACAAGUUCAGCUGGAGUCCGAAGGGUGUGUUGACUGCUGCGCUCAAUUCAGCCAGGGCGAAGUUACGGGGGCAGGAAUUCGAGGUUCCGGGAGAUCAACUGUUGAAGUUGCCUUUCGACGAAGUUUCCAUCGGCUCGGGUCCGUUCAGGACCUCAUUGGAAGGACUGCCGAAUCGUGACAGCUUCCCCUACGCAGAGACAUAUAACCUCGGACUUGUCAAAGACCUCAGGACUAUACUAAGAGGAACCCUAAGAUACAAGGGGUUCUCAACUCUCCUCGACUUUUUCAAAUGCCUUGGACUCCUCGAGAGCAACGCUAACGUACCAGCUCUCCGUUCGUGGGCUGAACUUGUUUCCCAAGCUCAAAGGCUCAGGCGUGAGCUCUACCCCAACGCAGAACAUAUCGAUCUCGGAGGAUUAUCACGGAAGAACAACUCGGACAUGGAAGCCUUAACUUGGAUGUUGAGUGACGCAACGGGAAGUGGCGCUCAAACAGCCUUCCAAACAACCAAGACCCUUUUCCUCCAGGGAGGUUUACCACCACUUCCGUCGACACCAACCUCCCCGCUCGACCUCUUCACUCUUCUUCUCUCUCAUAAGCUCAGAUACGCUCCUGGGGAGCGUGAUGUCGUGGUCAUGUCCCAUGAAGUCAUAACGACCGUUCCAGGACAGGUUGAUAAGGAAGAAGUACACACCUCCUCCUUGAUUGUUUAUGGAGAUGAGAGGCAUUCCGCGAUGGCGAGAACGGUCGGGUCGCCGGUUGGCCUUGCUGCUCUGGCGGUAUUGGAUGGAAGCGUUGAUAAGCGUUUAAGGGGGGUAAUGGGACCUGGACAUAAAAGUAUACGGAAAGGUCUCUUGACGGGGUUGGAAGGUCUUGGGUUGGGGUUGCAAGAGAACUCGAAGAUUGUUGAUGUUAGAACGACGAAUUCUAUGGAAAGUGUACUAAGGGUUAUUUCCUGA